GAAUCGUGAACAAAGAACAUAAUAAUUAUUAUAUAGUCAAACCAAACCGAACAACCAGAAAAAAAACAUCAUAAUGGUCAAUCGACAAAUUGAAAAUACUUUGGAUUUUGAACAAACUUUGAUGUAUGGCCAAUAUAAAAAAGAUUUGGCUAGAUUUGCACGUUCACUUGCAUCAAGACGUUCAAGGCGUACCAAACCAAAAUCAUUGAUACGAGAAUCUAGUUUUUUUCGUGCAAUAUCAGGAUUUUUGGGUUUCAUAUGGAAAUAUACAUUAGGUAUUAUUGGUGAAGAUUGGCCAUUUUUGGCCUUAUUAGGUAUCACAAUGGCUAUCAUUAGUUUCACUGUUGAUUUUUUCAUUUCACAAUGUCAUCAAACACGUAUGAUAUUAUAUGAUCAGCUUUUAACAUAUAAUAUUAUUACAAGAUAUUUUGGUUGGAUUACAAUGCCUAUUUUACUUUUGGUAUUUGCAACCGGUAUUGUUAGUAUUAUUUCGCCACAGGCAACUGGUUCGGGUAUACCUGAAAUGAAAACUAUAUUACGUGGUGUUAUUCUACAUGAAUAUUUAUCAUUUCGUACAUUGGUGGCCAAAUUGAUCGGUUUGGCCUGUUCAUUGGGCAGUGGUUUACCAUUGGGUAAAGAAGGACCUUUUGUUCAUACUGGUUCGAUGGUUGCAACAUUAUUAUCCAAAAUGAUUGGAUCAUUUAAACGUGUAUAUGAUAGUGAUGCAAGAAAUACUGAAAUGUUGGCCGCUGCUUGUGCCGUAGGCGUUGCAACAACAUUUUAUGCACCAAUUGGUGGUGUAUUAUUUUCGGUCGAAGUAACCACAGAUUUUUUUGCUAUACGUAAUUAUUGGCGUGGAUUCUUUUCCGCUUGUUGUGCAGCAACUGUUUGGCGUUUGUUUGCCGUUUGGUUUCGUAAAGAAGCUGCAUUGACUUCAUUGUUUAAAACAAAUUUUCGUACUGAUUUUCCAUUUGAUCCACAAGAAUUAUUAGUAUUUGCUUUUAUUGGUAUUGCUUGUGGUUUUGGUGGUGCUGCAUAUGUUCGUUGUCAUCGUAUGGUUGUUCAUUAUAUAAGAAAUCAUAAAAAAUUGAAUUCAUUUCUUAAAAAAAAUCGAUUUAUCUAUCCAACAUUGGUUACUUUUCUAUUGAUGUCGGUUUCGUUUCCACCUUUUAUGGGACAAUAUAUGGCUUCGAUUCUAUCCAAUCCACAAACAUUUAAAGAAUUGUUUAGUAACAUAACAUGGGAUGUACAUGGUAGUAAUGAUUCAAAUCAUUUAAUAAUGGUAAAACAUUGGUCAACUAAUCAUACAAAUAUUUAUACUAAUCUUAUCAUUACCAUUCUCAAUACGUUUUGGAUGUCAAUUCUAGCAUCAACUAUACCGGUUCCAAGUGGAUUAUUUGUACCAAUUUUCAAGAUUGGUGCCGCUUUUGGUCGAUUAGUUGGCGAAAUUAUGGCUGCUUGUUUUCCAGGCGGUAUAUCAUUUAGUGGUUAUACAAUACCAAUUGUACCCGGUGGUUAUUCAGUUGUUGGAGCUGCUGCAUUUACCGGUGCCGUAACACAUACAAUUAGUAUUACUGUAAUUGUAUUUGAAAUGACUGGCCAAAUGAGCCAUAUGAUACCGGUUAUUUUAUCUGUACUUAUUUCGAAUGUAAUCAGUCAAAAAUUAGAAUUAUCGAUUUAUGAUUCGGUUAUACAGAUUAAAAAAUUACCAUUUUUACCACCAAUAAUGGGUACCAAUUCAUUGGCACAUAAUAUUUUUGUCGAUGAUAUUAUGGUUCGUAAUUUGGUUUAUGUAUGGCGAAAAAAUUGUACUUAUCGUGAUUUAGUAAAUUUAUUAUCAAAAAAUCCUGAAAUACGAAUAUUUCCUUUGGUUGAUAAUGGCAAAAAUAUGAUUCUGUUAGGUUCAAUUCAACGUGAUGAAUUGGAACGAAUUGUUGAUAAUUUACUUUGUCGUGAACGUCGAUUACAAGAAGUUGUACGAAAAAAUAGUAUCCAACAGAAUGCUCUUGAUAUUGAACCAGAAAGUGAUGAUGAUUCCAUUCAAUUUAUAACACCAUCGAUCGAUGAUGAACAAGAUUAUGAACAGCUUCCAUCACCAACUAAUAAAUCUCGAUUUGAUGUCAGUUUGGUUCCAACGAACGAUGAUGAAGAUAAACGUUUUAAUCAAUCAUCGAUCGAUCGUGGAUCACCAGUAAGGCCUAAAUCAAUUUUGAAACCAACAUUUACCAUAACAACUUAUUCACCUCAUUCAACAAUCAAUACCAAUUCAAGUAUACAUAAAGAUUCACGAUUACGACAAGUAUUUGAAGAUAUUUUUCAAAAAAGUUUACAUCUUGAAGCUGCACAUCCGAAUUCAGUAAGCAAAUUGUUUUCAAUUUUCGAAAAUAAAAUUUUUUAAUAAAAUUUUUUUUUCAAGUUAAAACAAUCGUCUGAAAGUAUGAUGAUCAAACCGGCUAUCAUUGAACGAAGAGUUCGAUUGCCACGUGAACGAGUCAUCGAUAUGACAGCAGAAGAACAACGAAAAUGGGAAGAAGAACAAUUGAAUACUGUUGUAGAUUUUAAUGAAUGUUGUAUUGAUCCGGCACCAUUUCAAUUGGUUGAACGUACAACAAUCUAUAAAGUUCAUCUAUUAUUUUCAAUGUUAAGUUUAUCAAGAGCAUAUGUUACAUCAGUUGGUCGUUUAGUUGGUCUUGUUGAUCUUGCCGAUCUCAAAAAUGGUAUAGAUAAAUUGAAUCAAGGUCUAUUGAAACCGCAUGAAGAUUCUGAAGAAGCUAACAAUUAUUUGGAUAAUAUUGAAUUUGAUCCGUUCGAUGAUGAUACAUUGACAACAUUGACUAAUAGCGACAAAUAAUCUAAAUGAUCAUUACCACUGUCCACUGUGUAUAUUGUAUUGUUGAUUUUUUUAAAAAAUCUCUGAUAUUAAAAAUUUUUUUUAUCAUUUCUCGUUUUGCAAUGACAUUUUCUUGACCAAAAAGAAACGAAACAAACAAAAAACUUCC